UCUCCAGACUUUGUUGCCGGAAGUAAAUGUGAUUUUCUCAGGGCUACGCGUGGGGCUCACGAGUGUGUUUAGAUUUGCAGGCGUAACUGGAGUUAUUUAAAACAAAAAGUCGAGAGAAACUUUAACAGCGAAAAUGGGAAAGAAAGGAAAAAAAGAAAAGAAAGUAAAAGGCGCGGAGAAAACCGCCGCCAAGAUGGAGAAAAAGGUUUCAAAGAGGUCCAAACGAGAAGAGGAAGAUCUGGAGGCUCUUAUCGCGGAGUUCCAGAAUCUAGAUGCCAAAAAGACACAGGUUGUGGAGACAACAUGUCCUCCUCCAUCACCAAGGUUGAGUGCAUCUCUUUCUGCACAUCCUGAGAAGGACGAGCUCAUCCUGUUCGGAGGGGAAUUCUAUAAUGGGAAGAAGACAUAUCUGUACAACGACCUGUAUUUCUACAACAUCAAGAAGAACUCCUGGGUGAAGUCAGAUAUCCCUGGUCCUCCCCCACCACGCUGCUCCCACCAGGCGGUCGUGGUUCCUCAGGGUGGAGGUCAGCUCUGGGUGUUCGGUGGAGAGUUUGCCUCUCCGAAUGGGGAACAGUUCUAUCACUACAAGGACCUGUGGGUUCUGCACCUGGCCACGAACACCUGGGAGAACGUCAAAGCCCCUGGUGGUCCUUCAGGUCGCAGCGGUCACAGGAUGGUCCUCAGUAAAAAGCAGCUGCUGGUGUUUGGAGGUUUCCAUGAGAGCACCAGGGAUUUCAUCUACUACAAUGACGUCUACUCUUUCUCCCUGGACACUUUCACCUGGUCCCGCCUCUCUCCAUCAGGCUCCGCCCCCUCCCCACGCUCUGCUUGUCAGAUGACGUCCACACCAGACGGCACGGGGGUCAUCAUCUACGGGGGCUACUCUAAAGUGAGAGUCAAAAAGGACGUAGAGAAAGGAACCAUCCACUCUGACAUGUGUCUACUGAAGAGGGAGGGCAAAGACGGCCAAGAAAAAUGGUCCUGGUCCAGAGUGAGCCCCUCGGGAAACAAGCCUCCUCCUCGGUCAGGCUUCUCCAUGGCCGUGGGUCCAGCAGGGCGGGCGGUGCUGUUCGGUGGGGUCUGUGACGAGGAAGAAGAAGAGACGUUAGAAGGAGACUUCUACAACGACCUGUACCAGUACGACACCGUGAAGAAUCGCUGGUUCCCUGGUCUGCUGAGGGGAAACAAGACGGAGAAGAAGAAAAGAAGAAGAGGGAAGAAAGGUGGAGAAGAGGGGGAGGGAGGGGAGAAAGGGGAGGAGGAAGGUGAGGGAGCGGCCUCCGCUGGACCCACUGAGAUCAUCAAGGAGAUCGUCAGUGAAGACGGGACGGUCAUGACCAUCAAGGAGGUCAUCCCUGCAGCUCGUCAGGAGGAGGAGGAAGAAGAGGAUGAAGAGGACGAAGAGGAAGAGGAGGACGAUGCUGCUGCUAACCUGGUGGAGCCCUGUCCCAGGUCCAGCUCCAUGGCCACGGUGCGUCAGGGGAAGCUGUUCCUCUACGGUGGGAUGUUUGAGGUGGGUGAUCGGCAGUUCACCCUGAACGACCUCUACAGCCUGGACCUCCACAAGAUGGACCGGUGGGAGACUCUGGUGGAAAUGGAUCCAAAGACGCAGGAGUGGCUGGAAGAGUCCGAGUCAGAGGACGAUGGAGAGGAGGACGAGGAGGAGGAAGCCAAAGGAGCAGAAGGGGAGGAAGAGGAAGAGGAGUCUGAAGAGGAGAGCGAGGAUGAAGAAGGUGGAGACGAUCACCCAGCGGUGCAGGAGGGGGAGAACGUGACGGACUAUCAGCUCCGCACUGAACAGUACUGGAUGAAAGUGGCACGAGCCAACAUGGGCCCAGACUCCAAGGACAAAAAAGUUGCCAAAGUUGCAGCUGCCAUGGCUAAAGUCUUCUAUGAAGACCAGUAGUGGAAUAGGACGUGUGCAUGUACGUGUGACUGAGACUAAAAAAACAUUCAUAUUUAGCCCAAACAGUCAUCAAACAAACAUAUUCAUCUGAUCUUCCAACUGAUCUAACCUUUUUUUCCUCAGUUUUAAUCCAUUGUUUUUAUCAGUGUGGUCCGGUCAUCUAUGAUGUAAACCUCCACCCACCUCCAAGAUCAACGGUUGUUUUCCUCAAUAAAUUCACUCAACGACUGAACUUAGUGUCAGUAUUAAGCCUAAAGUAAUAGAAACGCCAGUGUCCAGCGUAGACAGAGGGGGCGCUGUAGCCUUCGAUAAAGUCUUAGUUGGAAAAAAAAAAACUCUCUGCAGCAGUUCAGCCGUAAAUAAUCAAGGGAAAUCAGCAGGUAAGUGCCAAAAUGGUUAAAAUAUAGCUUUAGCAUUUAGCUAACAAAAAAACUACAUGGGUACGAAAAAAGUAAAAUCUAAUUGUUUGAAAAAUGGUUUGCACAUUGUCCAAGUUGGC